AUGCCCCGCCGAGACAGUGCCGACCUCCCCAUCAUGGCGGCGGCCGGGCGGGGAAGCCGAGCCCCUAUUUCAGCCCCGGCGCAGCCGCAACACGCCGCCCGCCUGCCGGCCGGCCGGCCCGCCCCGCAGCCGGCACCCUGCCGCCCCCGGCUCCAGGCCUGGGCCCCUGCCGGAUUCGGCCCGCCUCGGGCGGGGGGCCCUGGCCCGGCCCAGUCAAACCGCCACCCCGAGGAUGCACAGGCCUCACUAGGCCCCAGGCGUCCUGGCGGGCUCGGGAGGGAGGCUCUGCCCUCCCGAGAGCCCCAGGGUUCCGGCCUCCCCCGCCGCCUGAGGCUCUCGGGGCCGCGGCCUCCUCGCCGCCGUGGAACCCGGGGCCCGGGCCCGGCCUUCCCGCGGCUUCGGGAGCAGGAGGCCCGGGAGAGCGCGCCGGCCUGGGAGCGGGAGGUGGGCGGGCUGCGCGGGACGGGGGCCGCGGCUCCCAGCUCGCCUCCUUGGCCCUUCCCGGGUCUGGUCCGCGGGCGGCGCGGCGCGGCGCGGCGGGCUGGGCCGGGGCGCGGGAGCUGCUGUCUCCUGCGGGAGAGGAGGUUGGCUCUUCGGGCAACCUCCGAAGCUUCCCUCCCGCCGGGGUGGCGUGGGCUUGUUACCCAGGUAGACUGA